AUGGAUUUAUCGACAGUAGCAACAUUUUCUAAUGAUCUUUUAAUCUAUUCAUCAGGAUCAAUACCUAUCAAUGCUAAAGAACUUAAUUUAAAACAAACUUUACUUGGUGGACAAUCAUUUCGAUGGAUUGAACAAAAUCUAAAUGAAUUUAUUGGUGUACUUGGUUCAUACAUCGUUCGUUUACAACAUCAAAAUGAUAAUCUUCGUUAUACAUUUUUUACAAAUAAUGAAGAUUUAAUAAAAUAUUCGAAUAAUAAUGAUCGUCGCGUUGAAACAGCACUUAUUUUACAUAAUUAUUUUCAAUUAACAAUAAAACUUAGUGAAUUAUUUGAAAAAUGGUGUAAAUCUGAUGUUAGAUUUGAAAAAGGUCAAAUACCAAUUGGUAUUCGUGUUUUAGCACAAGAACCAUUAGAAAAUUUAAUAUCGUUUAUAUGUUCAAGUAAUAAUAAUGUUCAACGUAUAACAAAAAUGAUUCAAGCACUUUGUAAUGAAUAUGGAAAAAAAAUCGGGACAUUAAAUGGAAUUGAUCAUUAUCAAUUUCCAACUCUAGAUGAACUCGAUAAAACUGAUCUUGAAAAACGUUUACGUGAAUUAAGUUUUGGUUAUCGUGCACGAUAUAUACAAGAAGCAGUUAAAUUUAUGAAAUAUACCGUUAAUGGUAUGUGUUUUUUUGAUCAAUUAAAAAUAUUAUCAGUUGAACAAGCACGUAGUCAAUUAUUAAAAAUUAUGGGUGUUGGUCGAAAAGUUGCUGAUUGUAUUCUUUUAAUGUCACUUGGUAAACAUGAUGUAGUACCAGUUGAUACGCAUAUUCAUUCAAUUGCUAUGACAUAUUAUGGACAACAAUUAACUACAGCUAAUUAUGAUGAUAUAUCAUCAUUUUUUGAACAAUUAUGGCAACCAUUAUCUGGAUGGGCUCAAGCUGCUGCAUUUUCUAAUGAACUUCGUUUACCAACUAGUCCAAGAAAUAGUAUUGUAUUAUCAUUAAAACGUUCGAUUAGUAGUACUGAAAUUAUAACAGAAAAAUUAUUUAAAACACUUGAUGAAAAUAAUGAAUGUCAAUCAAUAAAAAUAACUCGAAAACGUAGUGAAACACGUCAAAAAAAACUUUUAUCAAUUCAACAAUUAUCAACUCGACCUAAACGAAAUAUUAAACCGAUUGAACGAUAUUAA